ACAGUCCCCCAUACAUGAGAGAGUGUGCAGGACUUUUGUGGUGCUGGAAUAGCUGUACUCAGUGGUGCGGGCGUGUGAGAGAACACGGCUUUCCCAAGGUGCUGGCUUCUCUCCCAUCUCUGCUGUGGACCUUCCAGCCCAUAGUGGCCCCUCAAAAGCCCUUAACCUGCUUCACGUUGCGUAGACGCCUUUCAGCAGCAUUCUGGCUCGAGGCACCUCAUCAAGGAGCCUGAGAUCUAACCUGGCAAAUCCCUCCCACGCGUCACAUACCGGUGUGCAGGCUUGUGUGUCAGAUUCUUAGUUGGAGAUUAAACUGAAGGUUUAAACUUCAUUCAUAUUAUACUUGUGUAGCGUGAGAAAAUUAGCAGGAUGUUUGUGUGGCAUUAAUGCUCUUAAAUGCGUAUUUCAGCUGUGGGAGAAGUGGUACAUGUGUGUUUCCAUACUGAGCUAUUUAUGAAUCUGCUUGUUUAUUCCAGUCUGGCUGGAAUGUGUCUAGCUAAACAUAUCACCAAGACUUCGCAUUUAUGUGUGACUGGGGGGUUGUGUGUCAACUUUGAUUCCGCUGUGCUGCUUGUCUCCUGCAGGGGGUCGUGGAUAGUUUCUGUGGUAACUGGGGCACAGUGGCACCCUGUGAAGGACAGACUCCCUGUCAAGCUCUAGGCCGUGUCUGCCUCCCUCUGCAUUGUGCUUUUAGAUGGUGGCCCUCAAGGUCCUGGCAGUGGGGGAUUCCUGUGGUUUUUGGACGUCAGGCUCUCCGCAAGCAAGUGUUAGUUUAUAAACUAGAAAUGUUAAAAAUACGGCUGCACACAAUGUCCUAACUCGGCCCAGAUUAAAACUCACAACAUGGUUUCCUGUUAAUUGUUUACUUAUUGCAGCAGAGUCAGGUUGGUUGAGUUUUCUGCAGUGUUCCUUGCGGCGUGCUGAGAAUCUUAGGUGCUCUCCUUAUGCGGAUAAUCAGGCUUGAACUCGUAGGCGUGUGCUAAUUUUAGGGAACUUUUAAUUAAUUAGUUAUGUAGCAUGAAAUUGACAAAACUGCUCCCCCAAGCCUUGCAGGGCUGUGCAGUGCUUGCCUUUGCAAGGUCUUUAGGUAAACUCUUGAGCUGGGAGUAUUUAAUUCAUGUCUUUUGAGAAUCUAUUUCCAUAGAUGUUGUAGGAAAAGAACCUAAAAGCAGAUCCUGAACAGCUGUUUACUAAACUGGAGAAGAUUGGAAAGGGCUCAUUUGGGGAAGUCUUCAAAGGCAUCGACAAUCGAACUCAGAAAGUUGUGGCUAUUAAAAUCAUCGACCUUGAGGAGGCUGAGGAUGAAAUAGAAGACAUUCAGCAGGAGAUCACGGUGCUGAGCCAAUGUGACAGUCCUUUUGUAACCAAGUACUAUGGAUCAUAUCUAAAGGACACAAAAUUAUGGAUUAUCAUGGAAUAUUUAGGUGGGGGAUCAGCUCUGGACUUGCUUGAGCCUGGAGCCUUGGAUGAGACACAGAUAGCCACAAUCCUACGGGAGAUACUCAAGGGACUGGACUACCUGCACUCAGAAAAGAAAAUCCACAGAGAUAUUAAAGCUGCCAAUGUCCUGCUCUCCGAGCAAGGGGACGUGAAGCUGGCGGACUUCGGUGUGGCGGGUCAGCUGACAGACACGCAGAUCAAGAGGAACACAUUUGUGGGCACCCCAUUCUGGAUGGCGCCGGAGGUCAUCAAGCAGUCUGCGUACGAUUCCAAAGCAGACAUUUGGUCCUUAGGGAUCACGGCCAUCGAACUGGCCAAGGGCGAGCCGCCACACUCCGAACUGCACCCCAUGAAGGUGCUGUUCCUCAUCCCAAAGAACAACCCACCCACGCUGGAGGGGAACUACAGCAAGCCGUUCAAGGAGUUUGUGGAGGCCUGUUUGAACAAGGAGCCCAGCUUUAGACCCACAGCCAAAGAACUCCUGAAGCACAAGCUGAUUGUGAGAUAUGCCAAGAAGACGUCCUACCUGUCCGAGCUCGUCGACAAGUACAAGCGGUGGAAGGCGGAGCGGUCCCAGGACGAGUCCAGCUCGGAGGAGUCUGACUCGGAGCAGGAUGGCCAGGCCUUGGGCAGCGACGGAUUGGCCGGCGACGACUGGAUCUUCAACACCAUCCGAGAGAAGGAUCCCAAGCGGCUGCAUAACGGGAUGGCCCAGUCUGAGGAGCUGCAGGAGACCCGGGUGGAAGACGCUCCAAGGAGGCCCUUAUCAGAGAGUUUGUCCGCGAUAGUGACUCCACUGUUUGAGGAGCUGAAGCAGAGCAGCGCAGCGGUCGGCCGGACGUUGGGCGCCGUGGACGAGCUGAGGGAUGCCGUCUUCCUCGCCGAGGAGUCCUGCCCUGGCAUUUUGGACAGCAUGGUGUCCCAGCUGGUGCAGAGACUUCAGAGGUUCUCUGUAACUGGGGCAGCAUCCUCAUCUCAGUGAGACCAGCGGGGGCCACCAGACAGACAUUGGACAGCCUGGGUGAGGUCCCCCCCCCGGAGGCCUGUUUGACUACUCAGCUGCUAGGAACCAACGUUCUUCCCAUCCUGUUUGUUUUGUCCUAGUGCACAUAUGAGAGAGGGGUGUAACCGGUGGGAUCAUUUUUAUUAUCCUUGUGGUGGGGAGUGAAGGGUCUUGCCAGUCUGUCUCCCCCCCCCCCUCCCGUCCCCACACCUACUGUAACAUACCUGUAAGUUGCAACGGAGUAUCUGUGCCCCUGAUCCAGUUGCCCCCCACACAUAAUAGUGUGAGAGGCGCAGCUGACGACAGAGAUCCCGACGUGGAGGCUUUCAGAAGCAGCAGUGUCUCCACAAGAGGGCGUUCCACAUGCGCGUGCCCAGUUCAAGGUCGGGUUCCACAUGCGCGUGCCCAGUUAAAGGUCGGGUUCCACAUACGCGUGCCCAGUUAAAGGUCGGGUUCCACACACGCAAGUGUGAAUUCUCAUACGUGUGUGUGUGUGUGUGUGUUGUACAUGCCUGAUCUCACACGUACAUGUGUAUAUGUCUAAGGAUCCUGUGUGCAUUGGGGAUUCCUCGCUUGGUGGGAUGAAGUGUUUUUUCAUAAGCUCAGGAAUCCUGCUUUAAGUGGACAGGUAGUUCCGCAGGGGUACAGGCGUGGUGCAUGGGGGUCCGCAAAAGGAGAUCACUGCACAAACAGCUGGCUCUUAGGAUAACUGCAGUCCUAAUAAAAAUGGCCACAGUUUUAAAAAGGGGGGAGAUAAAGCCUAAUCAUUAUCGAUGUAUGUUUGUUUUGUUUUUAAUAUAUAGAUAUAUAAUUUUUUUUUUAUUAUUAUUUUGAUCUGCUUCUUAUUUGAUAGCUAAAGGGUUUUACCAUCCACUGAAAAUCUGUGCCCUGUCUCCAGAUGGGAUGAUGAUGAUGAUGAUGAUGACCAUCGUUUAUUUGGGGUUGUCCCUGGGCAUUAGAGGGCAGGUGGUGGCAGGUUGAUGUUGUCAGAGCGUCACCCUGUACGAUCCCAGGAAGGCAGUGUGACACCCCUAGCUUCUGCUGGCCCAGGGGAGUCGUUCUGAUUUUCCAACCUGGCUUCCCUGCCCCGCAGCGCUCCCCACAGGCCUCACUGUGCCAGUGCAGCGCCCAAGUCUUCCAGCUGCACCUUGCAGUGGUGCCGGCACCUGCUAUCCAGCAGCCUGAUUUGCACUCUCACUGUACAGACUGACUGCCAGCAGCCUACAUUAGCUGUUAAAUCCUCAGAUGGGGACACUGCAGGAUUUGCACAGGUGUGUGUACGUGAGGCUUUUUAAAAAUUAUUCUCCUUAAGCAGCAGUUUGACUUUAAAAAUGUGGAGAAUGUGUAUUCAUUCUGAACAAUGGGGGGAAAUCAGCCACAUUUAAAUUCCUGUCCUUUGUGGGCUCUCCAGCAGAACCAGGCCAUCCACUGGAUUUGGUUCUGACCCUGUCAUCCACUGACUCCUCAGUGGUUUUUAAGUGCCAUGUCACCAGCCCCCCUGGUAUAUCACAUCCUGCUUGUUUCCAUUUCUCAGUUGCACUUUGUCAAAUGUCUAUUAUUAGUAUUUAAUGAUUUAAAGGUACCAGAGGUCUUGUCAUUUCUUACAGUUGCUACUGUACCUUUGCAAGUAUGGCAAUAAUGCAGUGAGUGCACUGGAUGUUCUUCAGGACCAUUAUGUUGUAUGAAAUCAAAAUCCAAUAUUUUUCUAACUAUAAAGAGUAAGUAUUGUAGUACAGAAUAAAUUUUAAAACCUGAUUAUAAA